AUUUUUCCAGGAUGAUAUGAUCUCAGUAUGCCUGAGAUGAAAUGCGAGGCAUGCAAAACCACAUGGAGCCCUGGAGUGGAUGACUUAGUCCGUAAUGACUACUGGCCUGCUACCCUUCACUUUUCCACAGUGUACUCUACAGAUGUGUUUUAUUCAUAUGAAGAGUUGAAGAUGGCAGCACCAGGACUGUCAUGCCAAGCAUUUUUAAGAAUGCUUGAUCAACGAACUCUCCGCUUUGGCCGUAUUGGGAAGAUCACAGCAGACAGCUUCAGAAAAAGUUUUUUGGAGUGGGAGGCUGUUAGAUUUGAGGUGGAUAAGAUCUGCAGGGAGGAGCAUUUUGUCUGCCCUGCAUGCACCCCAGACAUGCUUGCUGUUUCUGUGGAUGGAAAUCGCAAGCACUACCGCUUUAAGAAUGCAGCAAGAUCUGAAGAAAAAGCCUUAUUUGAUGGCAUCUUCAUUGCAAAAGAUGAUGAAGUAGAGAGAUUUGUGGAUUACAUUCAUUCUACCACCAACCAUGUCUCUGGAAGAGGUGUCUGUGGAGGGGAGUGGUCAGCUGCAAGGGAAACGUCUCAGAAAUCCUCAAGUAAAAUUGAUGAGGAGGGACUAGAGCUUGCAGUCUGUCGACAUGGAGUUUUUCUCACCGCUCUCAACAUGUUCAGGGGAGAAAUAUAUGCUUAUCCCCUCUACCUGCAGAACAAGCUGGCAAAUACGCCAAUAAGCUUUUUUGCCAUGGAUGUAACCUGCAAGUACUGGCCUUACCUCAACAAAGUCACAAAAAGCUGCCCGGAGCUCCAGCACCUCCUGAGCAUGAAACCAUUCCUCUCAGUGUUUCAUGCCAAAGCCCAUGAUUUUAAAUGCGAGGUUAAAUGGAGUGGAGCUUACCAGCAAGGGGCCGGAUUGACACUUGGCGAGGAGGUUGAGCAGUGUAACGCCUUCCUCUCUAGGAUUGCUGUGACCACGAAGCACAUGUCCAAAGCAGGACAUACUGACAUGCUUACAUUGAUGGCCAUGCGCUGGAAUCAGCAAAAGUUUAAUAACUUGGCUACUUCACUUGCCUGCCGAUAUCAGAAGGCCACAAAACGUCUGGAAAGCCAACUUCAGGACCUGGAAAGCAUGAGAAUCCAGCUGGCAGUGACACAGGUUGAAGUUGAGGGCUGGGUCACUGAUAUUAAGGAGUGGGCAGAAGCAACAACAUCCCAAAAGAAUGCCGAUCUUGACGCAGUGAUCAAUAGAAUAGAGGUGCUGGUGGCCAGCAUUAAAAGAAGGUCCCAGCGCCUUUACAAAGACACCGAUGGCAGCAAAGGUCGGGCCCGGAUCCGGCGCAAAAUCAGAGAGGAGAAGGCCAUUCUUAGCUCUGUUGUUGAAAAAUACAACAGUAUGGUUCCAGAUACAGAAAGAAUCGCCUUUGACAUCAUUCUCUCUGACGAGACAGUUUGGCCAUGGCAACUUUCACAUGGUGACGCUGUAGAUUUGAAAACCAAGAGGAAGGCGUUUGAUGUUGUGAUGGCUAUAAGGAGACUUGAGGAGGAGAAGAAGAUUGUUCUUUCUGAGAUGGCAAAGCAUUGGAAAUCUCUCUCCACUCGUGCAGACACACUCAAGGAGAUGUCAUGCCAGCUUACCAGUGAGGCAUUGAAAAGGAUCAAGGGUUUCCUCAGCUUAACUUUGAGAAAGAAGCAAGAAGUCACCAGAAUGAUGAAGCAUGCAAGAGACUGUUAUUCUAAAGUUUUGACUGGAACAAGUAUGGACUUCCAGAAUGAUUGGGAUGGAUACGACAGUGACUCUGAAUUGUCAGAUGAGUUUUAUGAGCUCUCAAGUGAGAAAUGA